AUGAUUAACUUAUUAUUUUUAAUUAGCAAUAAAAUACUAAAAAGCUAUUUAAGAAAUUCAUUUUAUGUAAACCGUGCUAAUUUAAAUAAUUCUAUUGUUUUAAUUACAAGUUCAGAUACGUCAGAUGAUUCAGAAACAAGUGAUGAAAGUAUUUUAUAUGUAAAUAACCAAUAUCUUUUUCCUAAUGUAAUUUUAAAAACAUAUUUGAGAUCAGAAUUUAAUGAAGAAUCUAUUAUUGAAUCUGAAAGUAUAGAAAUAUCUCAAUCAAUUUCACUAAAAUAUUUAAUUAUUAAUAACUUAGAAAAUAGAAAAAUAACAUUUAUUAAAUGCAAUAAUACUGGACAUUAUUAUCUGAUAACAAGUUUUAUAGAUAGUGGAAUGGAUAUAAAAAAUUAUUUUAUUUUAUUGCUUAAGCAAAACAAUAAAAUCCCUUUUUAUCAUGCUUCACUAUCAAUUCAAGAAUCUAAUAGAUAUUUGAUGAUAAUUCAAAAUAUAAUCAAUGAAAAAAAUAUUUGGAAAUUUCUAAAUUAUUCUGUAAUAUUGAAAAAUUCUGAAAAAAACUUAGAUGUUCAAAAACUUUUUAAAUUAGUGCAAUGCUUGUAUAAACUAAAAAUAUGUUUUUUACUAAAGAAUAAUUGUUUUUUUCAAUUAAUAGAAUUAUCUUCUAAGUUUAAAGAUUCUGUUAGGUUUAAUAUUCAAUUUUAUUAUGAAAACAACCCAAACUUGUGUUUAACAGAUGUUUCAUUAUUAGAUGCAUAUUUUAAAAAUGAAAGUAUAAAAGAAAAUUAUGAAUUUGUAACAAAAGAAUUUGAAAAUUUUUUACAUGAAUUGAUAUUUAUUGCAAAAUAUUCUUUUUACCCAUGUGAAUUUAAAAAGUAUGGCUUUAAAUAUUACAAAGGCAAUGAACAGAUUGAUUUAUCAUUUGAAUUGUUUUAUGAGUAUUUCAUUAAAAAAAUGUCAUGUAAAACACAAAUUAUCUAUAAUUUUACCAUAAAUUUAGAAAAUCAAGUUCAAAAUGACAUACCUAACAAUGUGAUAAUUAAUAUUACAAAAUUAAAAUCUGAAACAUAUUUUAUAAAUAUGAUCAUACGUUUAUUUAUACUUUACCCUGAUAGUUGCAUUCAAUAUAUUUACGACAUUAUGGACAUUGAUACAAUCGAUAAUUAA